AAAUGGCCGUCGAAAUCCCGACGGAUGCGAUAAAGCAGCUGCAGAUCUCGCUCCGAAACCAAGCCAAGAUGUCGUCGUACGACCCGGACGACACGCCGUUGGCGAAUCUCCCUUCGCCGGAAGAUACCAUAUCGGAGGUGGAUCCGUCGCCGCCGUACCUCCGGUGCAAGCAUUGCAAAGGCCGGCUGCUCAGAGGCGUGGCGUCGCUGAUUUGCGUCUUCUGCGGCGGCGAAACGUGCAAGGACCUGCCUCCUGAUCCUAUCAAUUUCCGCAACACUUUAGGGUUCCAGUGGUUGCUCAAGUCCUUGGCCCUAACUGGAUCGGAGAUAGUGGACCAACCCACUGAAGCGAACGAAUCCAGUAGAGGCCAGGCUGCAUCUAAAGAGGAGUUGACGUUGUCUGAGCUUUUAAGUGUAGAAAUAAGAUGGACUUCUAAGUUUGCCGGGACUGGUUCUUCGGACGAGAAGACUCCCACUCGGCCCAAAAGUUUUUUGGAUUUGGCUGGAGUGAAUCUGGGCAGUUUCUUUUCCGAAGGAGAGAAAGACGCUGCUUUGAGUACGUCUGAAGAGCCGUUUGAGCCUAGCACUCGGAUUGCAACUACAGAGAGUAGUUCUUUCGAAUGUAGUGAAAAUAUUAGUUUGUUUGCAUCUGAAGAGUCGUUUGAUCUGACCAAACCGACUGCCACUGCAGAGAGUAAUGCUUUCAAAGGUGGUGAAAAUCUUAGUUUCUUUGCAUUUGAGCCGGGCAAACAGAUUGCUAGUGCAGAGAGUAGUGCUUUCCAUGGUAGUGAAAAUCUUAGUUUGUUUGCGUCUGAGAAGCCGUUUGAGUCGAGCAAACAGAUUACCACCGCAGAGGGUACUGCUUUCCAAGGUAAUGAGACUCUUAGCAUGUUUGAGAAUGUGGAAUCUUCGGAGACAGAUGUGAAGUCUACUCAAGGUGAGAGUGGUCAUUCCAUUUCUAGUUGGCCAGCAAGUCUUCAGUCUGCCGCUUCUGAAAAUCUUCCUCAAGAAUCAAAAUCACUUGACCCCUUGGUGGGUUCUAUAGUUGAUCUUUCUGCCCAUAUAGACACGGUGUUUGGAUCUGUUGGGGACUCAACUAAAGUAAAAUCAAAUCAUAGUGCGUCCACUAGUAAUGAUUGGUUUUCAGAUGAUCUAUUGAGUAUUUCCAACUCGGGAUUAGCAGGGCAGCCUCAACCAUUAGAAUCACUUGCUACGGUGAAGGAUGGCAUAAUAGCUGAAAAUGAAAAUAACUUGCAUUCUACUGGUAUUGAUUGGGUUGAAGACACUCAAUGGCAGACUACUAGCAAGGAUGCUCGUGAUAAUAAGAUUGCUGAUGAGGAUGAUGAUUCAUUUGGUGCUUGGAAUGAUUUUACUAGCUUGAGUAGUGCACAGAAUCCGUCUAGCUCUUCAAAACAAAUUGUUGAUCAGACAACACUUACUGACGAGACUUCAAUGACAGAUCUGUUCAGCAUAGCUAGCAACUCACAAGCUGAUGAUUCAUUUGGUGCUUGGAAUGAUUUUACUAGCUUUAAUAGCGCACAAAAUGCUUCUAGCUCUUUUAAACAAACUGUCGAUCAGAUGAGACCUGCUGAUGAGACUUCAGUAACAGAUCUGUUCAGCACAGCUACCGACUCACAGGACUUGGAUUUUGGUAGCUUUUUACAGCCAGAUCUCUCUGCCGGGGCAACUAGCAGUUCACAUGGUUCUACAGUAGUGAAUAUAACCAGGCCAGAGGCUUCUGCUUUUGACAGGAUGGCUGAUGUGGGCACAAAAGAUGAAGAUGCUGCCAAGGAUGAAGUAGAUGUUUUCAGUGCAAAAGCAGGAUCAAAGUCUGAUGAUGUGGAGAAAAUAAUGUCACAGAUGCAUGAUCUCUCUUUUAUGCUUGAGAGCAACCUUUCAAUACCUCCCAAGCGAGAUGUACAUUCACUUUCCCAAGAUCACACAUGAUUUGUUUGAGUUUUUAUGAUAUCCCACACCCACAUGUGAAGUUUUCUUGUGUUGUCUUAUCUUUGAGUUAGACUUUUAACAUGUUUUGCUCUUUUUUUCUUUUUUUGACUGUGGUAUAUUUCACUG